AUGGAGAGCGUCAAUAUGGAACAAAUUGACUUCGACAAGCUCAACCUAGAGGAGCUGCCUACCGAGCAACUUACAAGCAUGCAAAAGACGCUGCAGAAACUCGUAGCGGCGGUACAGGAGAUCUCUAAAAACGGAACCGCCCAGGUAAAGCUCUCAGUUGCAAAGCUCAGAGCAAAAGUAGAAGCGCUGCAGUCAAUUCCAUCCGCGCUCAAAAACCAGAACGAACUUACCCGCGCGCAAGCAAGGACCAGCGAAAAUCUUGUAACCCUCGCAAGCAAUUGCAUUGAAACUGAAUGUGAGGAAAUAAGCAGCGAACUCAAAAACCUAGAAGGCGUAGAAGAACUGCUGCAAAAGCAAGACAGGCUCUUAUGCAAAGCGCUACGCCUCACUAUCAGCUGCGCGCGAGCGACUAACAAACUCGUAGACGAGUCUGUGGAAAGCAUAGAGAUCCGACCAAUGAAUUCAACCAAGGUAAUUCAGGGUCCCACGCAGUCCACGUCAAGAGUUUCAGAAGAAGAUCAUCCUCACACGGAGGAAGGUAAUGAGCACAUGACCCUGCUGGCCUCCGACGACCGCUUGAAUCUGAGAUUUCGCUGCAGUUGUGGUCUAUUCGGACAGAUGGCGCAUGUAGCGAUACCUAAUCUGAAACAGCCGUUAGCAAGGGCCAAGACAGUCAACGACAUGUUUCAAUUGGCCAAUAUCGCGAGCAUUUCGGAACAAGAAUGUUGGUCGGACGAAAGGAAAGAGCUAGAGCUCAGACGGAAACACUCGCAGUAUCUCACGCCAUACGGACUCGCUGUGGCGAUAGACGCUCAUCGACGUCGAUGUCCUUUGUAUGCCAAAAGAGUGGAGGAGGCGAAGGGAGUGAGGUACGACCACCCCGCAAUAUACCCGUGGCCAUGCGAAUACCCCAUCGGGGACAUCCUAGCGGAAGCCAUCAUGAUGUUGGAUCAGAUCGAGAUGCCGUUGUUGGACCAUCACAUGGAUCGCCGCACAUUCAUUGCACUCCCACCUUCUUUCGCAAGAUUGGAUUCGGAAAUCUCAUACGAAGACAACGUUAUGCCACACGUUUAUCGGGACUUCGGAACGCUUGCCAACAAGCUGUUGACCGCCCGCGAGAUUAUGAAAGCCAUAGUCAUCGUAUGGCCAGACAAGCUACCUGAAAGCAGGCAGAUGAGGCAGCUGUUAAUCAGCAUCGAAAGACAUCUCCAAGACGGUGGAACACUUGCGUUUGUCCCAAGCCUAUGA